AUGGAUGAUGCACUUUGGGCAUAUCGUACAUCAUAUAAAAGCCUAAUUGGCAUGUCUCCAUAUCGGAUUGUCUUUGGUAAGGCUUGCCAUUUGCCAGUAGAGGUAGAGCACAAGGCAUAUUGGGCCAUCAAAAGCUGCAGCCUUGAUCUUGCUAGUAUUGGUGCUGAAAGAAAGUUACAAUUGCAAGAACUUGAAGAGCUUAAGAGAGAAGCCUAUGAGAAUGCUCGGAUCUACAAGGAAAGGACCAAGGCUAUCCAUGAUAAGCUCAUCUUAAGAAGGGAGUUUCACAUGGGCCAAAAAGUUCUACUUUAUGUCUCUAGAUUUAAACUCAUGCUUGGUAAGCUUUAUUCUAGAUGGGAGGGACCUUUCAUUGUCACUAAUGUUUUCCCCUAUGGAGCUAUAGAGAUUAAGAGAGAGCCAACUGGAAGAUGCUUUAUAGUCAAUGGUCAUCGCUUGAAGCCUUACUAUGAGGGAUUCUCUACCCAAGAUGUAGAGAUUAUCACACUACGAGACGCCACGUAG